AUCCCCCUCGGCGGGCCUCCACCUCGGCGCAAGUGUAUUUGGAAGCCGAUUCUCCCCUCUCUCUGGAGCUCACUUUGGAACCUGUGCCUGGGAAAGUCAAAGUCCCUCAAAUUGGACUGUAUGAUGGAACUUCAGAUCCCGACUCACACCUCGGUCAUUAUACCUCGUGGAUGGAUCUGCAUGGAGCAUCGGACGCACUUCGGUGUCGUAUGUUUUCUCUCACGCUGGGGCCUCGAGCCCAAAAAUGGUACCAUUCUCUUCCUCCUCACUCUAUUUGGAAAUGGCAACAAUUGAGGUCGGCUUUCCGAUCUCAUUUCAUUGGGGCUCAAGUCUGCCUAAUCCCAAAAGAAUCUCUUGCAAAUGUCACUCAGAAAGACAACGAAAGUGUCAAGGAUUAUAUUGCCCGAUUUAAUGACCAAGUUCAGAAUAUGGAACCUUGUCAUCCCGAAACUCUGCUUGUCAUGGCAAUCGCUGGGCUAAAACCGAACUCAAUUUUCCGCUGGACACUGUGCCAGAAUAAACCGAAUACUUUUCAAGAAUUUCUCGCCCGAGCCCAGCAACAUAUUAUAGCUGAGGAAGCCAUGUCGGUCCCCGACUUUAACUUUAAUCCGAAGUCAUCUAAGGCAGGAACCGAUGAGAAGAAAAAGAAUAAAUAUUUUGAAAAACAAAACAAGACUCAGUUCAGGGGGCCUCCCCGGGGAGAUCCCAACGAUCCUGAAGUUCGAGCGGCCCGAAAACAAUAUGCUACCGAUGUGAAGUCCGGUUAUGAAACCGUAUACUCUGCAGGAGCAGCCACCAUAUAUGAAGAAAUCAAAGGGAAGGGCAUUUUACCAGAUCCCAAACCACUUCGGAUGCCCGAAGAAAAACUGGACAAGUCCCGGUAUUGUGAUUAUCAUAAAUCGCCAGGGCACAACACGGACGAGUCUGCAGUUUCGAUUUUUCACUAUGCUCUGAAGUUCCCGACUACACAAGGAGAAGGGACACACUUCGGAGACCAGAGAGAAGCUCGAGAACUUAUUACAUUCAUACCAUCUAGCGGCGUCCAUUCCACCUCGAAAAACAACUCUCCAUCACAAAGCGUCUUGAACAACACGGCGUCCGAAGAACCGAACAACCACGUCAGUGAUUCUUCCACCUCGGAUCCUUUGACCGAAGACCGAGGACGUCAGCCGGGAAAGGAGCCACUUUUUGAAGAGGACGAGUUGGACCCCAGAGCCUUGUUUAAAGAAAAAAGCCGAAGUGAUCGAGCCGAACCUGGAGAAGACGUAGAAUUGAUCUAUAUCGAUGAACCAGUCUUCCACAAAUCAUUGCGUAUUGGAAGUCAUCUUCAAGAACCUCUUCGGUCAGAACUUAUCUCGUUUCUCAAACACAAUUCUGAUGUUUUCGCUUGGAAGCACGAGGAUAUGAAGGGUAUCAACCCCGGUGUUGCUAGCCACAAGUUGAACCUCGAUCGAACCAUCCGGCCUGUUGUGCAAAAAAGAAGAAAACUGGGGCCGGAUCGUCAGAAGGCGUUGGAAGAAGAAGUCAAAAAACUCAUCGGCAACAAGUUCAUCAAGGAAGCCAAAUACCCGACGUGGGUCUCAAACCCUGUUCUUGUCAAAAAGAGCAAUGGGCUAUGGAGACUGUGUAUCGAUUUUUCCGACCUGAAUAAGGCGUGCCCGAAGGACAGUUAUCCGCUUCCCCACAUAGAUUAUAUGGUUGAUGCAACGUCGGGACAUGAGUUGAUGAGUUUCAUGGAUGCUUAUUCGGGCUAUAAUCAGAUUCCUAUGGAUCCUGAAGAUUCUGAACACACCUCAUUCUAUUCGGCCCGAGGCUUGUACUGUUAUACUAUGAUGCCAUUUGGAUUAAAGAACGCCGGAGCCACAUAUCAACGUCUCGUCAACAAAAUGUUCGCUACACUGAUCGGUCGCACUAUGGAAGUUUAUGUUGAUGACAUGCUCGUCAAGUCGGUGCACGCCUCUGAUCAUAUAACGCAUCUUCAAGACAUGUUCGCCAUCCUCCGAUCUUAUUCCAUGGUCUUAAAUCCUAAGAAAUGUACUUUUGGAGUUGAAUCUGGAAAAUUUCUGGGCUAUAUGGUCAGCCAGCGUGGAAUUGAAGCCAAUCCGGCUAAAAUAAAGGCCAUUCAAGAUCUAACUCCCCCGACCUCGGUUAAGGGUGUUCAGGCCCUAACCGGCCGACUUGCUGCACUCAACCGGUUCAUCUCCAAGUCUACAGAUCGUUGCAGACCCUUUUUCGAAGCAAUCAAAAAAGGAAAACGUUUUGAAUGGACCGAGGAAUGCCAGAAAGCUCUCGUUAGCAUUAAGGAGACGCUUGCCUCUCCGCCGACUUUACAAAAGCCAAAACCCGAGGAAAUGUUGUUCUUAUAUCUCGGAGUCAGUGAUUCUGCCAUUAGUGCCGUUUUGAUACGUGAAGAGGGACUGUUGCAAUCGCCUAUCUAUUAUGUCAGCAAAGCCUUGCAUGAUGCCGAAUUACGUUAUCCCCCGAUGGAAAAAUUAACAUUUGCGCUGGUCAUUGCUGCACGGAAAUUACGACCUUAUUUUCAAGAACAUUCCAUAACUGUCCGCACUUCGUAUCCACUCCGGCAAAUCCUGCACCGACCUGAUACCUCGGGACGCAUGGUCAAAUGGCCCAUUGAGCUCGGACAAUUCGACAUCCAUUAUCAACCGAGGACCGCGAUCAAGGCUCAAGCCUUAUCUGACUUCAUCGCCGAAUUCACUCCGGCCAUAACAGUUCAUCAUGAUAAUCAACCAUGGGCCCUCUAUAUUGAUGGAUCCUCAACAGCCAACCGAGCAGGCGCAGGGAUA